AUGAGCGGCUUCAGCAGCGAGGAGCGCGCCGCGCCCUUCUCCCUCGAGUACCGCGUCUUCUUCAAAAAUGAAAAGGGACAAUAUAUAUCUCCAUUUCAUGAUAUUCCAAUUUAUGCAGAUAAGGAUGUGUUCAACAUGGUGGUUGAAGUACCACGCUGGUCUAAUGCAAAAAUGGAGAUUGCUACAAAGGACCCUUUGAACCCAAUUAAACAAGAUGUGAAAAAAGGGAAACUCCGUUAUGUUGCAAAUGUGUUCCCUUAUAAAGGAUAUAUCUGGAACUAUGGUGCCAUCCCUCAGACUUGGGAAGACCCUGGACACAAUGAUGAGCACACCGGUUGUUGUGGCGACAAUGACCCAAUUGAUGUCUGUGAAAUUGGAAGCAGGGUCUGUGCAAGAGGUGAAAUAAUCAGGGUGAAAGUUCUGGGCAUAUUGGCUAUGAUUGACGAAGGGGAGACUGACUGGAAAGUGAUUGCCAUCAAUGUGGAUGAUCCUGAUGCAGCCAAUUAUAAUGGUAUUAAUGAUGUCAAGCGGCUGAAACCUGGCUACCUGGAAGCUACUGUGGACUGGUUUAGAAGGUACAAGGUUCCUGAUGGAAAACCAGAGAACCAGUUUUCUUUCAAUGCGGAAUUUAAAGAUAAGGAUUUUGCAACUGACAUUAUUAAAAGCACUCAUGACUAUUGGAGAGCAUUAGUGACGAAGAAAACCGAUGGAAAAGGAAUCAGUUGCAUGAACACCACAGUGUCUGGGAGCCCCUACAAGUGUGAUCCGGACGCUGCUAAAGCCAUUGUGGAUGCUUUACCACCACCAUGUGAAUCUGCCUGCACAAUACCUGCAGAUGUGGAUAAAUGGUUCCAUCACCAGAAAAACUAA